AUGAGCACAGAAAAUAUAUCUCCAUUAUCUUUAACUUCAAAAAUUCAUCAUCAACGUAAUAAAUUUAAAAAAAACAGUGAAAAUACAUCACCAACAAAUGCUAAUGAUUGGUCAAUUACAUUUUGUAUAAUUGGUUCUGCUUGUUCAAAUAAACGACUUUUAUCUUCACUUGAAGAUCGUUAUGUAUAUGAAUGUAUUAAUGAUGAACGACAAGUUAUUCGUACAUUAGCUGAAACAAAAAUUUUACUAUCACAACGACAAUUACGUAUUUUUAUUGUUGAUUCAUUUGAUGAUUGUAUAUUUCAAUAUUUAAAAGACAAUGAAGAUAUUUAUACAAUUAGUUCUGAACUUGUAUUAUCAUGUACAGAAAAAGAAAUUGAUAUUCCUGUACCAAGAAGAAAUCGACCUUUAUAUUGUCAACAUUUAUCUUCAGCUGUUAUAUGUUUUGUUGGGAUUCGAAGAGAUACACAUACAGAAUUUAGUGAUUUUGUUCAUUAUCUUGGUGGAUCUGUUCGAAAAGACUAUAGUGAUCAAGUAACACAUGUUAUAUCACAUGCAAAUAUUGGUGAAAAAUAUCUCACAGCAUUUAAUAUGGAAAGAAGUGAAAUUUUAACAGAAGAAUGGCUUUUACGUUGUUGGCAUGAACGAAAUAAUCGUCAAUUUAAUCCAUUUGAUUCUGAACUCAUUCGAAUAUAUCGUGCUAAACCAUUACAUAAUCUUAAUUUAUAUUUUUUCGGUUUUAAUAAUGAUGAUGAAUUACAACAUUUACAUACUUUAACUAAUGAACAUGGUGGAUUUAUAACAAAAGAAAUGAAUGAAGCAACACAUAUCGUUCUUUCGGAUAUAAACUUAUUUAUAUCGACAUAUCCAUUAUAUACACGUAAACAUCGACAAUAUAUUGUUCAUGUACAAUGGUUUUGGGAAUGUUUAUGUUUAAUGGGUAAAGCUGAUGAAUCAAUGUAUAUUGUUAAUUUAACUAGUAAUCAAACAACAACACCAGAUUCUUCGUUAUUAUUACUUUCACCAUCAAUACAUGGUGAUAGUCCAUUACAUGAUUCAUCAAUAAAUACAACUGUUAAACGAAAACGUCGAUAUAAACAUUCGCAUAUAAAUGAACAAAUUGAAAAUACACAAAAUUCAAAACGUUUUAAUAGUAGUACGAAUGAGAAUGAAAAUUUAUUAGAUGAUAAUAUUAUUAUAGAAAAACAACAAAAUAUUAAAAAAGAUAAUAAAUAUUUAAUUGGAAUGGAAUUAAGAGAAACUGAACGUAAUUAUGUUACUAUGUUAUCAAAUAUUAUUCGAAUUUUCAAAACAGAAAUGGAAAAAGAUGAUCGUCGAAAUGGUCCUAUACUUACAAAAGUUGAAAGUACACAAAUAUUUGGUAAUAUCGAAGAAAUCUAUCAUUUACAUUUAUCUAUUGCUGAACAACUUGAUCGAGCUAUAAAUGAAGACGAAUGUAUUGGUUCAAUAUUUUUAACUAAUUCUGCUGAACUUUUACGUGUUUAUCAACCAUAUACAAAAUUUUAUGAUAAAACAAUUGAAGCAAUUCAUACAUUAGAAAAAACGAAUCCUCGUUUUUAUGCUUAUCUUAAAAUUUGUGAACAUAAAACUGAAUUAGGUAAACAACAUUUAGCUGAUUUAAUGAUACGACCUAUACAACGUUUACCAAGUAUAUUAUUAUUAUUAGAACGUUUACUUAAAUAUACAUCUAUUACACAUAUUGAUUAUCAAUUAUUAAUUGAUUCAUUAGAUAAAUUACGUGAAAUAGCAAAAAAAUUAAAUGAAGAACGAGGAAAAACUGAAAAACAUUUAUCAAUGUUUAAUAUUGUUAAUAGUAUUGAUAAUUGUCCACCUGAAUUACUUGCUGCACAUCGUGAUUAUAUAGAAAAAUUUCAUGUUAUUGAACUUUCACAAGAAUUAACAACAACAAGAACACAUUUAACUCUUUUUCUUUUUUCUGAUUGUCUUGAAGUAACUAAAUUACGUGGUAAUAUGUGGAAAACUCCUGGUAUGAAAGGAUCAAAAACACAUAAACAUAUUGCACUUAUUCAAUUAAGUGAUAUUCGAAGUUUAUUUGAUAUUCAUCCAUCAUCAUUAACAAUUGAUGAAACUGAACAAUUCGGAAUACUUUGUUCAAUUGAUGGACAAACACGUCAAUUUAUUUUUCGUGUUAUUAAUGGAAAUACAAAUGCUAAUAAUAAUAGUUCAAAAUCUUAUUUUACUGAUUCAAUGUCAUCAUCAUCAUCAUCAAUUUCAACAUUAUCAAAUAGUACUCAUCAUGGAAAUAAUAAAACCGAUGUACUUUAUCAUUUAUCAAAAGUUAUUUCAGAUGAUCGAUGUUUACUUGAUAAAUCUUCACUUAUUCAAACAGUUAUUAAUUCGAAUAAUAAUCAUCAUAUAUAUUGUUCUCAAACAUCACUUGAAAAUUCAGAAAUUGAUUCAGGUUUACGUUCAACUAGUAGUUUAAAUUUAUUAGGUUUAGCACUUAAACGUGGUCUUCAUAAAGCAAAUAAACGUUUAAGUCGAGCUUUUUCAUUUAGUCCAGAACCCAAUAAACAUUUAUCGAAAAAAAAUAAUAGUCCAAUGCAUUUAUUACAAGAUGAAUGGUCAAAUACUUUUGAUUCAAAUAAACGAAUGAGCACAUCAUCAAGACAAAUAAUGGCAACGUCGGACCAUACAGAAGAUAUUAAUUUACAAAAUUUAAAAGUCGAAGAAUCGACUACUCCAAAACCGGAAGCAAGCGGUGGUGCAGCAGCUACAGACAAAGAGGCUAAACCAAAAAAAGAAAAAUCAAAGCAAGAAAAGCCUAAACAAGAAAAACCUAAACAAGAAAAACCAAAGCAAGAAAAACCUAAACAGGAAAAACCUCAAGCUACUGCAGAAGCACCUAUAGAAGAACUUGAUUUUAAUCGAUCACAAGAAGAAGUUGUACAAGCUUUGGAUCAAUGGUCAAAGAAACCAACGACAUUAAAUAAACCAAAACCUGAUGAAAAGAUUGAUGUUAGUCAAUUAGAAACACAAUUAGAUCAAUUGUUUGUUGCUCAAAUUACUUAUGAACUAAAUGCUUAUUUAGAAGCUAUGGAAAAGACGAGACUUCGUGAUGGUCUCAAAUGUGUUUUGCGUAUGUCUCGUUAUGGUAAUCAAUAUUUACAAAUGAAACAACCAUGGGCGAAAUGUAAAGGUUCUGAUGCUGAUAGACGAGAUGCUGAAAUAAGUAUAGCUCUUGCAUUAAAUCUUGUUUAUUUACUUUCAUUGGUAUUACAACCAUUUAUGCCAACAACAUCGGAUGAAAUUCGUCAACAACUUAAUAUUAAGGAAAGUGUUUAUGCAUUAGAGAAUGCUUUUCGUUGUUAUUUACCAAGUGGUCAUACUAUUGGACAAGCUCGACCAUUAUUUAAACGUGUGGAAAAAGCUUUGACAGAUGAAUAUCGUUUACGUUUUGCCGGUCACAAUAAAUAA